CGCGGGCCGAGAGAAAAGACUUGUAUGUUUUUUUUUGGCCUCCCCCGUCCCCGACUCCGCUCCCAUUUCCCGCUUUGUUUCCGCCUCGCCGCUCUCCCUCACAGCCUCGCCGCCGCCUCGCGCUCGGCCUGCGCGCGCUCUCUCUCUCUCCCAGGGUUAGGGUUUCCGCCGCCGGCGACCGGGAUCGCGUCCUGAUCGCUGAUUUGAACAUUGGAGUUGAACAAGACACUUGUUCCAAAGUGAAUUUCAUGGAGCUGGGAAUGACCCCUGAAUUUAUGUAUGGACAAAAUGUUUUUGUUCCUGCUGCUGCAAAUCCCUACCCAUAUGGUUAUGCAGAAGUUGGAUCGCCUAUGGAAUGGUAUAACCACCCAAACUCUAUAGGAUAUGAUGGUCAAGAUCCUUUUUACACGACCGAAGGCAUGCAAUGCGUGUACUAUGCUGCCCCAGACACUGGACCUAUGCAUCCUUCCUGCAGUCCUUACCCUGUUGAUCCUUCUUUCAUAUCCGAUGGCCCAUUUGUGCCCCAGGAAUAUGUUGCUGACCCUGCUAGCUCCACAUGCCAAAUAGCCACCACCCCUUAUUACAUUUCAGCUGUUCUUCCUUAUGCACAAGAUAGUGUCCCAGGAAGUGUGACUGCACCUCUUCACUGCAAUGUUGCCUUCCUCCCUGGCAUACCAGGUUAUGCUGCACCAUCGGCAAAUGCAGCAUUUCCUUUAAUUGCUCCUGUUACCACCAAAAGUGACAUUGCUGCAAAUCCACCUGUACAGUCUACUAUUGUCUCUUCAAAGCAGUUUCAGGACCAUGCAAAACCUCCAAAGCUUCAACUGCAUAAUUCAGUUGCCCAGAAGCAAGAAUUGCCAGAUAGAUCCAUGACACCUAUUAAACCCCCUCAUGCUUCACAGGCAUCAGCACAUUUGCUUGAAAGGACAAUAUCUGCCGCCAAGCCUUUACCAAUGGCAAAACUGUCUGGAAAUUUUGGAUAUGCUGCAUCUGAUCUUCAGAAGUGGGCUGCUGCUGAGAAAUUUCAGCCUUCUUCAAAGUCGAGUGCUCCUGGCCAAAAGGUUCAUUUGUUAAAUGAACAUAGCUUAGCUGAUUCCAGGAAACCAAGCAAUCAGAAGAGCUCUGCCAUACUUGUGAGAUCGUAUACGUCAAGGCUCCCUAUUGGCAAUCCAGAUGGGACAAUCCUUAUAAGGACCGAUGAAUACAACAGAGAUGACUUCCAGAUGGAUUACACAUAUGCAAAGUUCUUUGUUAUCAAGUCAAUUGGUGAGGCAGAUGUCCACAAAUCAAUCAAGUAUGGUGUAUGGUCAAGUUCCUCCAAUGGUAACAGCAAGCUGGAUAGUGCAUUCAGGGAUGCUGACAGGAUAUCGAGGAGGAAUUCUACCAAGUGUCCGGUGUUCUUGUUCUUCUCUGUGAAUGGCAGUGGGCACUUCUGUGGCAUGGCUGAGAUGGUUGGUCCUGUCGAUUUUCACAAGGACAUGGACUUCUGGUGUCAGGAUAAAUGGACCGGAUGCUUUCCUGUGAGAUGGUACAUUGUUAAGGAUAUUCCAAAUUAUUGUUUGCAGCAUAUCACACUGCAGAACAAUGAAAACAAGCCUGUCACACACAGCAGAGAUACACAAGAAGUACCAUACAUCCCUGGAAUGUCUGUGCUUAAGAUCUUCAAGGACAUGAAAGUAAAGGAGUGCUUGUUUGAUGAUUUCAUGAAAUAUGAGGUGGAAGAAGCGCAGUAUAGACCUCACCGAAGGUGCAAGCUGAGCUAUAACGCCCCAGAUUUUAUACCUGCCUCACAGCAUACAAAGGAUGCGCCUGACACUAAGCAGACAAAAUCCAGGAGCAUGCUGAUAGACAGGACAUCAGAAGUACAAAAUUCGUCAGAGAAGCAACAUGAUCCUAAGAUGAUAAAAUCUCAGGAGCCAUGUGUAGAGCUCUCUGAAAAACAGGCGACUGAGACUGGGAAAGAGAAUGGACAACAAGAAAACCAGUGCAGUGGCAAUCAGAGCCAGGAGGAUGCAGCAAAAACUGUAACCAACCAGCCACCAACUUCAAGCUUGAAGACAGGUGCGGAGGGGAAGCAGCAAUUCUGGAAGAAGGUUGAGAAUCCACGGCAGCACACAGACAGUGCCGCUCAAGGUUCGUCAAAGCCACCUGAAAAGCGUCUAAAUGGAGUCCGCAGCUCCGCUGGUGCAGUAUCAGAGAGCAGUGAAGAACAAAAGAUCGCCGCCAAACUUGGAUCGCUCAAGAUCAGUUCCAAGACAGGGGAAGCUGACCGAAAGAGUAGCACAGUGAGUGUGGUGACAAUUGGCUCGAUGCCGGUUCGGGUUGACUGUUCGGAGGUGUAGGUGGCUAGUGGGAGUUUUUUUUUAUUCUGGUUUCACAAUUUCUCCUUCCGGGUUUAUUUUGGGUCCCAGGUUUUAAUUUUCUUUUGGUAAAAUGUCUGUCUUCGGCUGGUGGUUUCCCAGCUUUGCUAUGGCAUGAAAAGGGGGGGAAAAGGAGGAAUAGUUAGAUUCUAGUUCCCUGGUGGAUAAAAUGGUUUGGCAUUAUCGUGCUGAGGGUUGCUUUUUGGAAAAGAAAGAAUAGACAAUAUAAGACGUUCUUUCACCACAUUAAGAAAAAAAGGAGAAAAGAAAUUGGGCAUC